AUGUCAGAAAAAAUGGGGUCGAAAAUCCGCCGUUCGUUCUCAGAUCGUGAGGAACUAUUAGCAAAAUCAAAGGCUUUCGCCAACGACACAUCAAGAGCUUCAAUCGAUUCUUACCAAUCAAUCGACUCUAGCUAUCCUGAGUAUGGAAAAGAACCAAAAUGGUACAAAUCAUCUGCUGCAGACGCAUCCGGAUUUAAAAAAUACAAGAAUGGUAAAAUCACCUUGAAGCGAAUUUGUUUGGGGACAGUGGCAGGUGUAGUUGUGCUAGUUUCGGUUUUGGCAGCCUCGGGAGUGGUAUAUACAACAUACUUUGGGCCGGAAAAGUGGGAAAGCGAGGGCUGGUAUCCAAGCCCUAAGGGAGGAACUGUAAAAAACUGGGAGGGGUCAUAUAAAAAAGCUGCAAAGCUAGUAUGUCAGAUGAGUCUGGUUGAGAAGGUUAACAUCACCACUGGUACUGGGUGGGCGCAGGAAAUGUGUGUCGGUAACACUGGGUCCGUCCCUGGCCUAUUCCCUUCUCUUUGCCUUCAAGAUGGCCCUCUGGGACUUAGAUUCGCCGAUCAUGCUACAGCAUGGCCUGCUGGUUUGACUGUAGGAGCAACAUGGAAUAAGGAGCUGAUGGAGAAACGUGGGGAGCUUCAUGGUCUUGAAGCUCGCCUCAAGGGAAUUCAUAUUAUCCUCGGCCCCGCAAUGGGCCCUCUAGGACGAAUGCCAGCUGGUGGAAGGAAUUGGGAAGGGUUUGGAUCAGAUCCUUAUCUUCAAGGUGCCGCCGCAGCUGCCACUAUUAAGGGCAUACAAGGGCAGGGUGUUAUCGCCACUGCAAAACAUUUUAUUGCGAACGAACAAGAGCAUUUUAGACAAGUCCACGAGUGGGGAAUGCCGUACGCUAUCAGCAGUAAUAUUGACGAUAGGACCAUGCAUGAGAUGUAUCUCUGGCCAUUCGCCGAUUCCGUCAGAGCAGGCGUUGGAUCCAUUAUGUGCUCAUACCAGAUGACCAACAAUACCUACUCUUGUGGUAAUAGUAAGAUUUUGAAUGGGCUCCUUAAAGAUGAGCUCGGCUUUCAAGGCUUUGUUCAAUCAGACUGGCUUGCACAACGCUCCGGCGUUGAUUCGGUCCUUGCAGGACUUGACAUGACGAUGCCUGGAGACGGAAUGGUCUGGGCUGACGGCAACUCACUUAUGGGUCCUACUCUUACACGUAGCGUCCUUAAUUCCUCAAUUCCUAUCGAAAGGCUCAAUGACAUGGCCACAAGAAUUGUCGCUACGUGGUACCAGAUGGGACAAGAUGACGAAAGCAAGUUUUCUCCCGAAGGACCCAACUUCUCCAGCUGGACAGAUGAAGAAGAGGGACUGCUACAUUUUGGUUCCGGAGAGGGAGAAACUGGGGUCGUCAACAAAUUUAUAGAUGUCUCGAGUGAUCAUCACAAAGUUGCUCGGAAGAUUGCCGCCGAGGCUACGGUCCUUGUGAAGAAUGAAGAUUCCGUACUUCCCCUUGUCAGAGGCUCAUGGGGUGGAAAGAGGGUGGGUAUCUACGGCGAGGAUGCAGGCCCCGGAAAAGGAGCGAACGUUUGCAAAGAUCGCGGCUGUAACCAAGGUACUUUGGCAUCUGGAUGGGGUUCAGGCGCCGUUGAGUUCCCAUAUCUUGUCGAUCCAUUAUCAGCUCUUUUGAAGGCUUUCAACACUUCUAAAGAUGAUAUACCCGAGAUAUCAAGCAUUUUGGACAACUAUUCGUUGAAGAAAAUCCGCAAAUCGGCUAAGGAACAGGAUCUGUGCCUGGUCUUUGCCAAUGCAGAUGCCGGCGAGGGGUUUAUCUCCGACCUUGGCGUUGCUGGUGACCGGAAUGAUUUAUACGCUCAAAAGGGAGGUGAUGAGCUUGUCAAGACAGUCGCUGAGAGUUGUGGUGGGCCCGUUAUCGUGGUUAUCCAUUCUGUUGGCCCGGUUAUUGUUGAAAACUGGGCGGAUAAGCCAGCUGUAAAGGCCAUUAUCAUGGCGCAGCUACCUGGUCAAGAGAGUGGAAAUGCCCUUGUUGAUGUUCUGUUUGGCGACGAGAACCCCAGCGGAAAGCUUCCUUACACAGUUGGAAAGAGCUUGAAAGACUACGGCCCAACUGCUGGUAUCAUGUAUAUCCCUAAUUCUAUUAGGCCACAACAAAAUUUCUCCGAGGGACUCUUGGUUGAUUAUCGAUACUUCGACAAAAAUGAUAUUAACCCACGCUAUGAGUUUGGCUUCGGUCUUUCCUACACUUCGUUUGAGUUCUCAGAUCUCAAACUUACAGCAAAGGCACCAAAGACUGCUCUCCCGGCUCGUCGUCCUGAUGGACUUGAUCCACCGGCUUACGAUAACAAGCUCCCGCCAAUCUCUGAAACUCUAUAUCCUAAAGGAUUCAACCGUGUCAAAAAAUACAUCUAUCCAUAUCUGGAAUCAGCCGAUGAAGUGCGCCAUGAUGGUGAUUAUCCUUACCCACGCGAUUAUCAUACAGCCCGCCAGCCAUCACCCGCCGGUGGUGGAGAAGGAGGUAACCCUUCGCUUUGGGAUGUGAUUGUUGAAGUAGAGGUCACGGUUAAAAACACCGGGAAGCUUGAUGGCAAAGAAGUUGCACAGUUGUAUGUUUCUCUCCCGAAUAGUGUUGAAGGAGCACCAGUAAAAGCGUUGAGAGGUUUUGAAAAAGUUGCAUUGGGAGCUGGUGAGAGCAAGAAAAUCACCUUUGGAGUUACACGAAAAGAAUUGAGUUGGUGGGAUACAGAGAGACAAAACUGGAUACUGCCAACUGAAAGAAAGAUUGGUAUAUCUGUAGGGAGAAGUUCGAGGGAUUUGCCUCUUUACGCUGAAUUUUGA